CCCGAUAUCUCUGGUUCUGUCGGGAUGGACAUCUCUUCUGUUCCAGUGCCGGCCUUCAUCCUCCUAUCUGCUGUCCUUGGCAUUGUCUCACACUUGGGAUAUUUUAUGCACGGCGAGCACCACUUGCAGGCAGUGAGGCUGGCUGUGCUUCUCUGCACUGUACCAUUUGCGAUAUUUGCUACCAUCCACAACUUCAAUUCUCGAAGCUCGAUCUGGAGCGCUGCUCGACUUACCACAAUAAUCGUGUCUUCAUACCUAGUAUCACUCACGACUAGCAUUCUUACAUACAGAGUCUUCUUCCACCCACUCAGAAAAUUCCCAGGUCCACUAAACUCCAAACUCACAAAGCUCACUCACGUACUUCGUCUUCUAAAGGAAUCCGAUAACUACCGGCAGGCCGAUAAGUUGCACGAGAGAUAUGGAGAGAUUGUCAGAGUUGGACCAAAUGAAUUGACAAUCACCAUACCCGAUGCUGUUCCUCUUAUAUAUGGACCUGGAUCAAAGUGUACGAAAACAGCCUGGUAUGAUGUUGUUGGACGUCCGAACAAAUCACUUCAACUGGAACGCGACCCAAUCAUUCAUGCUAAGCGAAGGAAGGUUUGGGAUCGAGCGUUCAACGCCAAAGCUCUUCGCGAUUACGAGAGCCGUGUGGUCAAACACGCAGAUCAGUUGGUCAAGCAGCUUCGGGUACGAUCUGGAGAGACCAUUGACUGCUCUCUAUGGAUGAACUUCUACUCGUUCGAUACUAUGGGAGAUAUUGCAUUUGGACGCACAUUUGACAUGCUCACGAGUGGAAAGAAACAUCAUGGAUUGACAGCGCUGCAAGAUGGCAUGGCACCACUUGGCAUCGCAACUCCAUUUCCUUGGGCUAUUCCCAUCUUCCAAGCACUUCCUCAGCCAGCUGGAAUUGAUCACUGGAUUAACUUUUGCGAUAAGCAGAUCAAAGCUAGGAAAAAGUACGAUCCAGAAAAGUCCGACAUUAUGACUUGGUUGAUCGAAGCCGAGAAUGAGAAUCCUGAUCCUGUGGUCAGUGACCCAAGAUGGCUUUGGGGAGAUACGCGACUUGUAAUCGUGGCUGGCAGUGAUACAUCUUCCUCGGCAUUGACCCACAUCUUUUACCAUCUCGCCAAAGAACCUCAUAUAGCCACCAAGCUUCGAGAAGAACUUCAGUCGUUCUACAAACCAGGAUCAGACACUGAAGUACGAGAUCUUCAAGAGGCAAAAUACCUCAAUGGAGUCAUCAACGAAGCUCUUCGCCUCCAUCCUCCAGUACCGAGUGGGGUGAUGAGACAGACGCCGCCUGAAGGGCUUACGGUCGGUGAUAUCUUCAUUCCUGGAAAUAUCACAAUUUCUGCUCCUUCAUGGAGUAUGGGAAGACUAGAAUCAUGCUUCAAGCAUGCCGAAGAAUUCUUGCCUGAAAGAUGGGGCAACAAACCUGAGCUGGUUCUCAACAAGGCUGUCUUUAUACCAUUCGCUUCUGGCGCAUAUUCUUGCAUUGGCAAGCAGCUUGCUUUAAUGGAACUUCGAGUCGUCACAGCGAGGCUGGUUACGGAAUUCGAUAUUGCUUUUGCUCUUGGUGAAGAAGGGAAAGCUUUGCUAGAGGAGACGAAAGAUGUUUUCACGAUGGAAACAGCGCCUUUGAUGCUAGUGUUUACCCGGAGAUAAUCUACGAACGAAAUGGGAU